CUUCUUGAAACUCAGCUCUUUGUCUUUAGUCCAAACGAAUCGACGGCGCUGUUUACUCUCUCUCCUCCCCCAUCCCUCUCCCCCACUCUCUCUCUCUAAACGUAUCUAAUCACAAUUUUGGACAGAAAUCGUACUGCGCAUAUAUAAUAAUCUCACUUUUUUGCCUCACAGAGCCGAUACUCGUGUCCUUUUGCCCUCGAUUCCCUCCGAAUUUACCUUUCUGUCCGUGUUUAUAUACUCCUCACAGACUGCUUGGCUGGUGCUCGUUUUAAUCAUAACUCCCCGAACAGAGACCCCCUCCAGUUCUCCUCCUACUCUCUCUCUCUAGCUUCGGACAGUGAUCAGUUACUGAGAGUAGAGGGAGAGAGAGACUCGAGAGAGCAAGAAGAGGCAGUUGGUGGAAAGGGUGUUCGACCUCAAUCAGAGAAGGGACUGAGACUUCAAUUCUAUGGUUGCUUAAUUUGUUGCUGAAAUAACUGGGCCUCAAUGGACAAUCCAUUGGGGGCGGAGCAACAAGUGCCAUUUGGGGUCCUGACUGGCAUAAAUUUCAGUGUUUUAAAUGACACAGAAGCUGAGAAAGUAUCAGUUUUGUCAAUUGAAUCAGCAAAUGAGGUGACAGAUCCGAGGUUGGGAAUGCCAAAUCCAACCUCUCAAUGCCCCACCUGCGGUGCCAAGGACUCAAGAAGUUGUGAAGGGCACUUUGGGGUAAUCAAAUUCCCAUUUACGAUACUCCACCCAUAUUUCAUAGCGGAAACUGCUCAAGUCUUGAAUAGAAUUUGCCCUGGAUGUAAAUCUGUUAAGCACAUCAAGGUCAAGGGGGCAGUUUCAAAGCAAAGUUGCAGAUAUUGCAAUGGAAGUUUCAGAGAAAGCUAUCCUAAAAUGAUAUUUAAAGUUUCCUCAGACGAUGUGUUUGGAAAGACUGCUAUUAUAGUAGAAGUAGUGGAGAAGGUGCUAAGGAAUUCUCCGAAUAAAAGUUCUGGGGAAAAUUUAGCCGCUGAUUACUGGGAUAUAAUACCCAGAGAUGUACAACUGGAUGAAAGUUCUAUGAAACCGACCAAAAGAGUUCUUUCGCAUGCCCAGGUCUACCAUAUGCUAAAAGAUGUUGAUCCACAGUUCAUUAAAGAGAGUGCUAUUUUUAAAAAGAAUCCACUCUUUCUCAACUGUUUCCUUGUAACUCCCAACAGUCAUCGCGUGGCCGAAUUUGGGCAGCAUGUGGUCUUUGAUGACCGGACAAGGAUUUUAAAAAAGAUGGUUGAUUUUAGAGGCACAGCCAAUGAGUUGAGCUCACGGGUUCUUGACGGCCUAAAAAGUACCAAGAUACGCGCUGAAAAGCCAUCCACUCCUGAAUAUGGUUCCUCGGGUAAUAGUACGUCUGGUUUGAGGCACAUCAAAGAACUACUUCUAGGGAAGCGAAGUGAUCAUGCCUUUCGCAUGGUUAUAGUCGGUGAUCCGAAUAUAAAACUCAGUGAAAUUGGUGUGCCAUGUCAUAUAGCAGAGAGGUUGCAAAUCUCUGAGCAUCUGAACUCGUGGAACUGGGAGAAACUGAACACUUGCUCUAAUUUACGGAUUCUUGAAAGGGGAGAAAUUUACGUCCGAAGAAAAGAUCAACUUGUUGCAGUAAACAAUAUGGGAAAGCUUCAGAUUGGAGACCUUGUGCACAGGCCGCUGAAUGACGGAGAUGUAGUGUUAAUAAACAGGCCGCCGUCUAUUCACCAGCACUCCUUCAUUGCUCUGUCAGUAAAGGUGCUUCCAGUAAACUCAGUUUUGUCAAUUAAUCCACUCGUCUGUUCUCCUUUUCGUGGGGAUUUCGAUGGGGAUUGCAUACAUGGUUACGUUCCUCAGUCGAUAGACUCCAGAGCUGAGCUCCAAGAGCUUGUUGCUUUGGACAAGCAGUUGAUAAAUGGACAGAGUGGGAGAAAUCUCCUUUCGCUUGGUCAAGAUAGUUUAACCGCGGCUCAUUUGGUCGUGGAAGAUGGGGUGCUCUUGAGCCUUCGCCAAAUGCAGCAGCUGCAAAUGUUCUGUCCUAAUCAAUUGCAAUUUCCAGCCAUUGCAAAAGCAUCUUUCACAAAAGCUACUUCACCAGACAACUUUUUCUGGUCUGGAAAGCAAUUGUUCAGCUUGCUUCUUCCUCCAGACUUCGAUUAUGUCUUUCCGGAAAAUGAUGUUCAUAUUAGUAAGGGUGAGCUUUUAUCUUCCUCAGACAUGUCAAAUUGGCUACGUGACGCUGAUGGAAACCUUAUACAUGGUCUUGUAAAACAUUGUCAAGAAAAAUCUAUCGACUUCCUGCAUGCUGCUCAGAAUGUUCUAUGCGAGUGGUUGUCAAUGAGGGGCUUAAGCGUUUCAUUAUCUGACCUUUACCUCUCCUCUGAUUCAUCCUCGCGGAAAAAUAUGAUUGGUGAAGUCUCUUAUGGUUUGCAAGAAGCAGAGAGGAUCUCUCACAUCAAACUGUUGAUGGUAGAUUCCCAUCAGGAUUUCCUUAUUGGAACCGAAGAAGGUCUGGAUUCUGUGGACUUUGGAGCAGAGCACAUGUGUUGUGAGAAACAGAAAUCAGCUGCCCUUAGUCGAGUUUUUGCUUCUGCGUUUAAACAAGUCUUCUGGGACAUUCAAAACCUAGUAUACCAAUAUGCAAGUAAGGAAAAUUCUUUGUUGGCCAUGUUGAAGGCAGGAAGUAAGGGCAAUUUGUUGAGGUUAGUCCAGCACAGCAUGUGUUUGGGUUUGCAGCAUUCAUUGGUUCCGCUAGCUUUCAGAUUGCCACAUGAGCUUUCUUGUGCUGCGUGGAUCGAUCACAAGGCAUCUGCUUCUACCGAUAUUCCAGAAUGUUCUGGGCGUUACAUUCCAUCCGCCACGAUUGGAAGUUCCUACCUCUCUGGCUUGAAUCCUCUAGAAUGUUUUGUUCAUUCUGUAACCGCUCGUGAUAUUUCUUUUAGCGAUAAUGCCGAUCUUCCAGGGACUUUGAAUCGAAGGCUUAUGUUUUUCAUGCGUGAUUUGUACAUUGGAUAUGAUGGAACUGUGAGAAAUGCUUAUGGGAAUCAACUCAUUCAGUUCUCUUAUGGUAUCGAUGACACUGCCAGUUCAAGUAAAGCUACUGAUGGUUCUCUCCGUGAUAGCACUUACGAUCGUCGUGCAAUGGGCUGCCAGCCUGUUGGUUCUUUGGCUGCUUGUGCCAUUUCCGAGGCAGCUUAUAGUGCUUUAGAUCAGCCCAUUAGUGCUCUUGAAUCAUCUCCAUUGCUAAAUCUAAAGAAAGUCCUUGAGUGUGGUGUGAAGAAAAAGAGCGGUGAUAAAACUGCAUCUCUAUAUUUGUCCAAGAAACUCGGGAGAUGGACUCAUGGUUUUGAGUAUGCAGCCUUAGAAGUCCAGUCUCAUUUGGAGAGACUACUCUUUUCGGACAUUGUUUCUACUUCCAUGAUAGUCUUCUCCGAGAAGGCUUGUAGCCGUAAACAUACAUGUCCAUGGGUAUGCCACUUCCAUAUAAGCAAGGAGAUGACAAAGAGGAGAAGAAUAAAAGUUCAAUCUAUUAUUGAUGCCCUGGACAUGAAUUGGAAGUGUGCUAGUGCCAGAUCUAAAACUGAUCUUCCUAAAUUGCAAAUAAAAAGAGUGAAUUGUUCUGUAGCUGACAUGCAGAAAGAAAACAGUGCUACAUUUUGCAUUGCCGUCAAAGUAGUCAAAUGCUCCAAGAACCCGGCUGUAGAAAUUGAUAAUAUCCGAGACAUGGUGAUUCCAUUCCUUCUAGGAACCGUCGUAAAAGGGUUCCUGGAAUUCAAAAAGGUGGAUAUCUUGUGGAAAGAUGGACCGAAAAUGUCAAGAUCUCAUAGAAGUUCUUCUGGUGAACUGUACUUGAGAGUUUUUAUGUCCGAGAACUGUGAGAGACGAAGAUUCUGGAGUGCCAUUAAGGAGAACUGUCUCGAAAUAAUGGAAAUAAUCGACUGGGAACGCAGUCAUCCAGAUGAUAUUCAUGAUUUGACUUUGGCCUUUGGAAUAGAUGUUGCACGGAAACAUUUUCUCAUCACAUUGAUGUCUGCAAUAUCUGACAUUGGCAAGCCUACACUUCCUGAGCAUUUGCUUCUUACUGCGGAUUGUUUAUCAGCUACAGGAGAGUUUGUUGCCUUAAAUGUAAAAGGGUUGGCUGAGCAAAGGAAACGCACAUCUGUCUCUUCGCCCUUCAUGCAAGCGUGCUUUGCUAAUCCAGCUGAUUGCCUCAUUAAAGCUGCUAAGAAAGGAGUUACAGAUGAUCUUCAGGGGAGUGUUGAUGCAUUGUCAUGGGGAAAAACUCCUUCCAUUGGGACUGGUGGAACAUUUGAUAUCAUAUAUUCUGGAAAGGGGCAGGAACUUUCUAAACCUGAAGAUAUCUAUAAACUUUUGGGUAGCCAUCUCAGUUCUCGUGAACAAAAUGUGAAGGUCAAUGUACCAGGUGAACAUGAUUUCAUCUUCGACAAGUGUAUCCCUCGGCCACUUUGCACAUCUGGUGAAAUUUUCCUUAAAGGGCGUAAAAAUUUGGAAAUAUCCAAAUUGAUCUUGAGGAAGUUUAUAACACUGAAAGACAUUUUGAGGUUGUCUCAAGCAUUGAAGUAUAUGCUGCACAAUUAUCCCAUCAAUCGUCGGUUGAGUGAAGUGGACAAAUCUAUUGCGAUGAUGGCUUUAUAUUUUCACCCUCGAAGGAAUGAGAAAAUGGGAACUGGAGCUCGGGAAAUAAAGAUUGGUUAUCACUCUGAGCAUGAUAAGGCCCGCUGCUUUACGUUGGUGAGAACUGAUGGAACAGUUGAAGACUUCUCAUACCAUAAGUGCAUUCAUCAUGCUCUGGAGGAAAUUGCUCCUCAAAGAGCAAAACCCUACCAGAUGAAAUGGUUAAGUGAGCGCAUUCCUAAGGCGGUUGAUUAGUUCCUAGGGCUAUCGGACCUUGCAAAAUCCGUAGGUUCUCUACCAAGACUGGGUUUUGUACAGAGACGAAGGAGGGUCAAUCAAGACAAUAAGGUCUUAUCUUUAAUUUCAUCUAAUAAAUUUUGUAGUCCUUCUGGCGGUAAUUAGGGUAGUCCAAUUCUUAUGCUUCUUUUUGCUGCCUCCACUAAAUAUUGUUUUCCUUCGGUUUCUCGAAUGAAAAGAAGAUUUCGGAUGAAAAGAAGAUUUAGUGGAUGUAGCAACGAGAAGCUUUUGGAAAGGGUAAUGCCCUUUUCAUGUUGUAACUCUUUGUCUUUUUGGCAAUGUUUUGUGUCAUUUUCUUUUCUUGUCAUGGGAAAUACUCAUUUUGGCAAGUAUUCUCUAAAUAAUGCGACCUCGGUGUGUCAGCAAGUAUCUCCAAAUAAUUUGAUGUGGAUAGCGUUCGUGUUUCUAAGCAGUUUUUUAAUACAAAAAGACUUUGUGGUGACACA